AUGUACCACGACACCAUCAACUACUCCACCCUCCCCAAGGAGUAUCUCCAGUCCUACCCCUACCCCGCCUUCGUCCUCCUCGUCCCCAUACCCCCUCCCCAGCCCUCCCGCACAGACUCCCAGGACGAAUUCUCCACACCUCGCUCCACCCACGACCCCUCCUCGCAAUUCACUCGCUCCGACCAUGGCGAGAUUCAGCCCUUCGAAAUUGUGUGGGGUAACAAAAAGUGGACCCACCUAUCUGAAGGCUUGCCGUUGCUAGACUGCUUAGACGUCGAUGGAGUCCGGCGACUGGGGGACUGGAUCAGCGGGGCAUUGACGCCGACGCUGUCGCCGACGCAAAAGACAUUCCCUUCUCUCGACAACCCCGUCCCAGGCAGCCCGCCCUCCCCCGAGAACUUUUGGUCAGCUGAGCACCCCUAUGAGGACCGCUCGCCCCGUUCGGAUGGAUUAGCGAGCGACCAUGCUGAUCUGACGGGUAUUGAACCCUUUGAGAAGAGCAAUCCGGGCCUGGCUACUUUAGAAAUAAACUUGAUCAAUCCGGGGCGCAUCACCCUCGAGUUGACAAAGACAUUGGUGCCGGUACCGAGAACUAGAAAGGGAUUCGAGAAUGUUCCCAUGAGGACACACUCUUUCGCUGUAAUCACUUCUACCCCGCGAACAGCAUUCGUCCCAAAUACGCCUCAGCAAGUCAGUCACCACGGCGUCCCCCCGGUCGCGUACCGGGCCAUGUUGGACAAGGACAGGUCGCCAAUUAAAUCAAAAGAAGUACCUUCCGAAACAGUACACCCCUAUCUCAUACCCAAGACGACAAUCCUGUCUCCAUCACCAUCCGUGCCCACCAGCCUCGACCCGAGCAUACCACGCAGGUCGACAACGCCGCAUCCCAAAGAUGACAGCUUCUCUUCGUUCGGGGAGCUGCGAGGUCUCGGUCUACUGUCACCUGCUCAGAACGGCAAGACAUCGAAACCGUUGAUGUUCAACGUGGACGGAACCAUCAGUCGUCAGGCUGAUACCAGUGACAAGAAGGAGCACGCGAGUGUCGAUGAUCUGAUGGCCUCGACGGAUUGGACAAAGACGCCGCUGGGACCGAGAGAACAGUGGCCGCAGAGCUUGAAGACUAUCGUCGCCCUUGUCAUGAACUAUCCUCAUCAAUGCUGCCUUUGGUGGGGUAAAGACCUUACUCUUAUCUACAAUGAACCGUACGCCAAGGCUAUACACAAGCAUCCAAGCAUCUUUGGCAUGUCCGGCCCCAGCGCAUGGUCCGAGAUAUGGUCAUCGCUCGGUCCUAUAUCAGAGAUCGUCCUCGCGGGAACUCCUGUGUGGAAAGAGGAUGACUUUUUGCUUUUCAGGCAGCUUGCCCACCAGGGAGAUGGUGUUUUUGAAGAAUACCAUACGUGGAUGUGGGUGCCCAUUCUGCAAGAGGAUGGCACUUUUGGGGGGCUAUGGAAUGCGACGAUCAGAACGACAAAGAAGGUUUUGGCCGAAAGGCGGAUGGCGACCGUACGAGAGAUGGGGCAGAGGACUGCUAUUGCGAGAACGAUGGAAGAGUUUGACAAGGCGGUCGUCGAUAUUCUUGAAAACAAUCCUCGGGAUGCUCCUUUCGCUGCCUUGUACCACGUUGAUCAAAUUGCCCCUGUCACCAAACAUGACCCCAACGAGAUUCACGUCAAUGUACCCCUUGUCGGCUCUGUUGGAAUUCCCGACAAUCACCCCUCGACUCCCUCAAAUGUCUCCUUUCCUCUUCGCCACCGCCGGAGGAGUUCUACCACUCGCUUCUCCCAAGGCGACAUCAGCAGUUCUUCAGCGCUGUCAAUGCACUCGUCCUCCUCGGAAGGUCACCCUGCGCCAGAAACGAAAUCGUGGCCCUUGCGCGAGGCUCUUCAGUGCAGGCGAUUGGUCUUGGUUGAGGAUGUGACCGAAUUGAUCAAAGACUUCAACGUCCGAGUUUGGGAUGAACUGCCCAGCGCAGCUGUCGUUGUGCCAAUCAGCAGCGACUCUGAUGAGGAAGUACCGAACGCUGUACUGGUUCUGGGGCUGAAUAUCAGGAGACCUUUCGACGAGGAUUACGAGUCUUGGAUUGUGAGUGCAUUCCUUCGAUUGCAACUCGCUUCCGGUAUCGCCGCAGUUCACUCCUACGAGGUUGAACAUCAACGCCUGAACGAAUUAGCCGCCAUCGAUCGCGCCAAGAGCCUGCUCUUCUCCAAUGUCUCUCACGAACUUCGUACACCUCUCACCCUCAUUGCCGGUCCAAUCGACGAUCUCUUGCUAGAGACGACGGACAACGGGCAUAAAGAUAUGCUUCUGAUGGUCAGGAGGAACAUGCGAAGACUUGCGAGAUUGGUGUCGACAUUGAUGGACGUUUCGCGACUUGAAGCAGGACGGCUGAGAGGGACCUUUAGACCAGUGAACAUCGGAACGAUGACGAGCGAUCUGGCUGUCUUGUUCAAACGGGCGAUCGAGAAAGCGAAACUCCAGUAUACGAUUGAGAUUGACAACACUCCUGAAAAUGCCUUCGUGGAUCCUGAACAUUGGGAAAAGAUUGUGUUCAAUCUUAUCGGCAACGCGAUGAAGUACACAAUGUCUGGCUUUGUGCGCGUAAAGCUUCACUACGUCGAAAAUCAGAUCGUAUUUGAGGUCAAAGACAGUGGUGUUGGUAUCCCUCGAUCCGAUAUCCACCUCAUUGGAGAACGAUUCCAUCGCGUGCAGUCUGUUAGCAGAUCUCAUGAGGGUACUGGUAUAGGCUUGUCACUUGUCAAGGAAUUGAUCAACCUGCAUGGUGGCUCGUUUGAGAUAGAAAGCGUCACGGAGGAAGAAUCCGAGGACAGAUCUCACGGUUCCACUUUCCGGGUUCGCAUCCCUCUUGGCUGCGACCAUCUGCCAUAUGAGGCUAUCGAUCAUGGCAGCAUGCCCAACCUGCCACAAUCAACAUAUGGCGAAGGCCUGGUUGAUGAGGCAAUGCAGUGGGUGCGUGACAAUAGAGAUGGAUUGAGCGCAAUCAGCUCCGAUGAGUCCUCCAACGCAACGGGAGAGUCUGGGGGCGGCACUCAAAUAGGCUCCGGAGGAACUGGGGUGAGCGGAAUGACAAGCGCCGUACCUGUCAAAGCCCUCGACCCGAACACCCUCUACUUUGCAAAGUCCGAUAUUAUCAUGCUUGUUGAAGACUCUUCUGACACGCGAAGGUAUAUGAAGUCCAUCUUUGCGCAGUAUUGUACAGUCGUCGAAGCUCGCGAUGGCCGAGAGGCGCUGGAGCUUUGUGCAAAGCAAAGGCCCAACUUGAUCAUCUCGGACGUGAUGAUGCCCCAUGUCGACGGUUUCGAGCUUUUGACUACUCUGAAAAAUUCCAGCGAGUUCCGGAUGAUUCCUGUGAUCAUGCUCACUGCUCGAGGUGCAGAUGAAUCAAAAGUGAGCGGUAUCAUGGCGGGCGCCGAUGAUUAUCUGGCCAAACCUUUCAACGCCCGAGAGAUCGUCGCCCGAGCGCACAUGCAAUUGCAGCUAGGCAAAAAACGAAAACACCUCGAAGAAGCAUUCGAAGAGAGGACCGCGGAGCUCAGGGUUCUUUCAGAAUUCUCGCCUGUUGGCAUAUUCCGAGCUGAUGAGGACGGCAAAUUGACAUUUGUCAACUCCACUUGGUAUUCACUGUCCGAAUUCCCCACUAACAAGACACUGGAGGACUGGCAAGACAUCGUCCCCGACCAGGAGAGGGAUGAUUUGAACGAAUUUUGGUCUGGAUUUUUGACAAGCGGUGAGCGCACGAGGACCAGAGACUGGCGGUAUAAGAACGGAAAGUGGAGUGAGUACCUCGAGUGCAAUCACGGGAGCAUGCUAACAAUAGCUAUAGUCACAACUGAUAUCACGGAAAGAAAGAUCCACGAACAAUCUCAACAUCAACAAGUUGUUGAAGCAGAGCAGAGAAGACUGGAGGCGGAGGAAGCAAAGAGACAGCAAGAGCUCUUGAUCGACAUCACUUCCCACGAGCUUCGGAAUCCCAUCUCCUCAAUGAUGCAGAUGAGUCUAUUCACAUUCCUCUACACCAACCUCUUGUCUCUACAGGAGCAGCUUCAUUUGGCCAUUGCCCAGCAAAAGCCAUUCAACCCAACGCGCCAGCUCAUGAACAAUAUCGACGAAGAUCUCGAAGCCCUCGAGAGUAUCUAUCAAUGCGGUUUGACUCAAGAGAGGAUCAGCAACGAUGUUCUAUCACUGGGGCGAAUCCAACUAGAUAUGCUCGAGGUGUUCGACGUCGAGUUUGAUCUUUGGAAGGAGGCUCAAAAUAUCCUGUCCAUCUUCCAAAACGAGGCCAGGAUGAAGAGGAUCGCGUUAUCUUUCAAAGCUGGCGAAAGUCACAAGAAGUUGGGUUUGACGUGGGUGAAGGCCGACCUGGUCAGGUUGAAUCAGAUUACCACCAAUCUACUGUCAAAUGCUAUCAGAUUCACCGCCAACAGUGCUGUACGUCAAGUUGAGCUGCGCUCCGAAAUAAGUUUCGACCCUCCCGAGGAUGGCGCCUGCACUAUGCCGCGCGAGCCUACCUUACCAAAGGACAUCAAAGACGACAUGACCAUGUACCUGUAUCUUGAAGUCGCCGAUACUGGACCCGGUCUGACUGAAAAUGAGGUACAAAAGCUGUUCCAAAGAUUCUCUCAGGUCUCUCCCAAGACACAUACCGUCUUUGGAGGAUCUGGCCUGGGAUUGUUCGUUUGCCGAAACGCUGACUCUGUCUCAGUGGGUGGUGGUAUCACGGUUGUUUCUGAAAAGGGCAAGGGGAGUACUUUCCGCUGGUAUAUCAAAGCCAAAACCUGUCACACCGUCCCUCAGACAGCUGCCAAUAGUCUUCGCGCGAAGCUUAAAGCCUCGCGUGACGCUCCGCGGUACUUUGGCCUGACAAGAAACCCGCAUGUGCUGAUCGUGGAAGAUAAUCUGAUAAACCAGACGGUGCUGGCGAGGCAGUUGAAUCACUGUAAUCUGACAUGCGACGUCGCGAGCAACGGGCUGGAAGCACUGGAGAAGAUACGCAAAGCUUCAAGCGUAACACCCAUCGAAGGACAAGAGCCAGUCCAGUGCUUCGAUUGCGUACUCAUGGACCUCGAGAUGCCUGUCAUGGACGGCCUGACUGCUGCGUAUGUUAUCCGCGAGGAGGAAGCAGCGGGACUAAUGAAGAAGAAUUUGAUCAUUGCUCUGACGGGCAAUGCCAGGCAAGGUCAGAUUGACGAAGCUAGAGCAAGGGGGAUGGACGACAUUAUCAUCAAGCCUUAUCGGCUUGAUGAUCUGCUGCGCAAAAUCGAAGAUAUGAUGAAAAUUCGAGCGGACGACGAAGAUGCGCAGAUGGCGCUGGAUUUGAAGAAUGUGGAAGAGCUUGAGGCGGCGGACAAGACAGAAAAAGCCUGA